GCUGAGACCCAAAAAUCGUUCAACCCAACCGGUUGAUUGAGUUGAAUUUAGCAGUAACGAAACAUACUCACAUAAGUAACGAUAACCCCUCUUGACUUCUUCAUGGUUUGGCUUUCCUAAAGCUUGUAUGCAUUAUUAUUCUCUAUCUAUGGUAAUCGUUGAUUGAACAUCUUCGCUUGGAUUCAGAAAGCUCUCCAAAAUUCAAACCGUGACCUUUGAUCGAACCGGAUAACGUUUGAAAGUGUUAAAAGUGUAGUGUAUGAAGGUUAGUGUAGGAUUCCGCUUCUGAUCUAGUAUUCAAAUUUGAAAGCAACGGUUUGUAAAACUUUUAAUCUAGUAGCGGUGAUAAAAUGAGUAAACCGAUCCUCUACUAUGCGACUUUAAGCCCUCCAUCAAGAACAGUGCUACUAACAGCUAAGGAAAUUGGUUUGGAAUUGGAUCUCUGUCCAAUCUCGUUGUUCGAAAACGAGCAUCUUACCCAUGAUUUCGUCAAGAAGAAUCCCCAGCAUACAAUUCCAGUCUUGGAGGACAAUGGGGUUUUCAUAUUCGAUAGUCACGCGAUAUGCUCCUAUCUAAUAGACAAAUAUGCAAAAGAUGACAAAUUAUAUCCAAAGGACUUAGUAAGGCGUGCAGCAGUUCAGUCACGUAUGUAUUUCGAGACAUCAUACCUUUUCGGCCGGUUGCACUUGUUAUACGAACCCAUCAUUUUCUUUGGAUCACCGAAACUACCUGAAGAUACACUAGAAUCUAUUCGCGAAGCCCUCGAUAUUGUGGAAGCAUUCCUCGAAGGUGGCCCCUAUGUGAGUGGGAAUGAUUUGACUCUAGCUGAUUUUUGUUGCGUUACAACGAUUUCAUCUAUGGAGGAACCAACUAUUCCAACUCAAGCUAGGCAUCCCAAGGUUAUGGCUUGGAUGAAGAGAAUGGCAACGCUUCCAUACUACAAAGUCGCAAAUUACUUCGGUGCCGAAGAAUUGAAGCAACUUUACAGAGAAAACUUAGUGAAGAAUCGAACUAAUGUUUAAUAAUUGUACUGUAACUGAUUGGGAAUUAAUACUUGAAUAUAUGGGUUUUAUAAAAAAAA